AAGACCUGCGGCGAAUCUGGGACACUCUCCUCCUCAACAGCACCGAGUCCAGGGCUUCACAGAGAUGAGCUGUAGUGUCCUGGAUGAGCAGCAGUUCCGUCAGUCCUGCCAGCUGCUCCUUAAGCGCUCUGACCAGCUGGGGGAUGGCUGGAGCUGGGAAUCCGUUCUGGGCUCAGAAGAGGGCUACCUCAAAAAGACUGUACUAAGGUCAGUUCCUAGUGACUGGGGUCCACUUCAUGUCCAGAAGGGGUUUUGUUUCCACCCACAGCCACAGACCCCGUGUGACUCUACUGGACAAGAAAAGCAGGACCCAGCAGCCUCCACUGGUUCUGACUUCUUCAGAGCUGAAGAAGAAGAAGACGAUGAUGAUGGAAGCUACAAAGUGACCAACUGCAGCAGCCUGAUGCUUCAGUACGAGUACCACAUCCUGUUCUCCUGCAGCUACGGAGCUCCUGUCCUGUAUUUCAGAGCGUUCACUAUGGAGGGGAGGAGCCUGGCAUUAGAGGAGAUGUGGUGCACCAUCCACCCAAACUACAGGCUGUGUCUUCAGAACUGCCCUCUGAAUGCAAUAAGUCAGCAGGAGCACCCCUUGCUGGGCCAGCCAUUCUUUUUCUUUCACCCAUGUAGAACAGAGGAGUUCAUGGGACCCGUGCUGCAGGCUGCUCCAGAUCAAGGCAGGCCAGUGCACUAUGUGCUGUCGUGGUUGAGUGUGGUGGGGCCUGUUGUGGGUCUGGAUGUUCCGCUGCAGUACUGCAUACCUCUCCAUUCUGCCGUUUCACUCAACAGUACAAAACCGGACUGAAGCUGAACAAACACCUGCCAUGUUUGUCUUGUUUUUACAUGUAACUAUUUCUAAUACCCCAAAUAAUUAUGCUGGUAUAGUCAUUAAAAUGGUACAAAUGA